AUGGCAACGCAGACGGCAACGUUUAUUAGGAUCUUCUCCGCUCGAAGAGGAGGAGGGAAGAAGCAGACGACGACGACGAAUAAAACGACGACUUUCUCGCGCAGCAGUUGUAACAAAACAAGAACAUCAGUAACAACAACGAAACUGAAAAGGAAAAGGAAAACGUGUGCGACGAAUGCGCUCUUCGGUGGCGAGUUGACGAAUUUGGACUUGAACGACGUCACGACUUUAUGCGCGAACGGAGCGUUUUUAUCCUUGUUCGUCGCGUCGACGGUGUACGGAACCAAAGCGGUCUUUUUUCCAGACAAGGAUGAAGAUGAGAAGAAAGAAGACAAACACAAAGACAAAGAAGUAAAAGUGAACGUGGAGCGGACGGCGUUGCAACUCUCCAACGUCGCUUUGAUCUUCGCGCUCGCGAGUCGGUGGGCGGAAUCCGGCCAUUUUCCGUUGUCGAACAUGUACGAGAGUUUACUGUUUUUAGCGUGGGGGACAACCGCGACGGCGAUUUACGUGAACUCGAACAGUAAAGUUUUCGGGGCGUUAGUCUCGCCGGUGGCUUUGUUUACCGUCGCUGGGGCGACGUUAGGUUUACCGAAAGAGCUGCAAAGAGCGUCCGCGUUGGUGCCGGCGUUGAAAUCAAACUGGUUGAUGAUGCACGUGAGCGUGAUGAUGAUGUCGUACGCCACGCUGUUGGCUGGGAGUUUAGCGUGUAUGGGUUUCUUGGCGUUGGAACUUGGAAAGGAUAACGAAACCGUCGGUAAGUUGACGGAGAAGAUGGAAAAAGCGAUGUUUAAAGACAACAAUGAUAAUAAUAAUAAUAGUAACGAAGACGAAGACGAAAUGUUAGUCGUGGCGACAUCGAGACAACGUUCGAAUCGGCCGAAGAUUGAUUCAAAAACCGGCGAACAAGUCGCGUACGCGAUGGAAAGUAGUAGCAGCAGCACGACGGCUGCGAUGAAUCCACCGCAAUCUCCUUCCUCCUCCUCCUCCUCCUUACCGGUUGGCGCGAGAACGCAAACCGAACUCGACAACCUCUCCUACCGAUGCUUGGGUUUAGGCUUCGUCCUCUUAACCGCGGGUUUAAUUUCCGGCGCAGUUUGGGCGAACGAAGCCUGGGGUUCCUACUGGUCCUGGGACCCGAAAGAAACCUGGGCUUUAGUCACCUGGUUCACCUACGCCACCUAUUUGCACUCGCGCUUGGUCGCCGAAAAACCCAAAGACGAAAGCGCGAAAAUCGGCGCGUUCGGGUUCAUCGUCGUGUGGAUUUGUUACGUCGGCGUGAACUUGUUCGGCACCGGGUUGCACUCCUACGGAUGGUUCGCCAGCAGAUAA